UUCCGUUCUUCGACAUGUGACUAAACCUGUUCACCACCUCCUGUGAAGACGUCCUGUUCUCACACAUUGAGUUUUUUCAAUGUAGUGAACAAGGAGCCUAUAUGACAACCUGGAGGAUUAUUAUGAUGCUUAUUUACGCCGCUGCAGUCAGCAGCAAAGAAGCAGAGAUUCUUCCCGUGAACCUCGGAGAGAAUGUUUGCAUGCCAUGUCAUGGACCUGCAAAAGCACAAAUCGUGUUGGUGGAGUGGACCAGACCAGACCUGGAGUCACCUGAGUAUGUAUUUUUCUUCCGGGAUGAGCGAUCCUACACGUCCUACCAGCACUGGUCCUUUGUGGGUCGGGUGGAGCUGAAGGAUAAAGAGAUGAAGAAUGGAGACGUGUCCCUAAUUCUGAGCAGCGUGAGAAUCAGUGACGUCGGUGUGUAUGAGUGUCGGAUCUCACAAGGAAAGACAAGGUCAAAGAGAGCCAACAUCAAGAUGGAGCCGAUCCAAGUCAUCAGCCUGAAGGUGGAGGAGGAAGGCGCUAAAACCAACGUCUGGCACAUCGGAGCUGCGGCGAGUCUCAUCCUGUCUGCUGUGGUCGUGAUACUUGUUGCUGUGAUCUUCAAAAAACGUAAUAGGGAGCAAAAAUAAAUACUGCACUUCUUUACAACUGUAUACUGUAGGAUAUGACAUAACAGAUUACAGGUUCACAGAUAAUUUCCUGAUUUUGGUGGCAUAAUAAUAUUUUAACAUUUUUCUUUUACUGGAAUUUAAUGAAAAACAGAUUUUUCAUCUUUGUUAAAAUACAAUGUAACUUACUGUAAAUUACUGCUGAUUAUAUGAAUGUUAAAAAAUAAACAGCUGAAAACCUCCA